AAGUGGCCUGGACACUUCCGGUAGGGAAACUCCUGGCUGCCGCUCGGGACACAGCUUGACAGGCGCGGUCGGUGCAAGUAGCUCUCUCUGCCUUGGCUCUGUCCUCUUGCCCCGGUUUUGGAAUUCAUUCCUGCCCGCCUCGUCCCGCAGUUUCUGCUUCCGAAGCCGCCCCUUCCCCAUGUGCCAGGGCAGGAGUCCUGACAGCCAAGACCCGCCCGCCUGUCCUCGGUCAUGUCCGAACUGACGAAGGAGCUGAUGGAACUGGUGUGGGGCACCAAGAGCAGCCCCGGGCUCUCCGACACCAUCUUCUGCCGCUGGACGCAAGGGUUUGUGUUUAGUGAAUCAGAGGGCUCUGCAUUGGAACAGUUUGAAGGUGGCCCCUGUGCUGUUAUUGCGCCUGUUCAGGCAUUUCUUUUGAAGAAGCUCCUGUUUUGUUCUGAGAAGUCUUCCUGGAGGGAUUGUCCAGAGGAAGAGCGGAAGGAACUCCUUUGUCACACUUUAUGUGAUAUUUUAGAAAGUGCUUGCUGUGACAACUCUGGAUCGUAUUGCUUGGUUUCAUGGUUAAGAGCAAAGACGACUGAAGAACCUGCUAGUAUUUCUGGAAGUCCUGCAGAAUCUAGUUGCCAAGUGGAACAUUCUUCUGCCUUGGCUGUCGAAGAGCUUGGCUUUGAGCGAUUUCAUGCAUUAAUUCAAAAAAGAUCAUUCAGAAGUUUAUCAGAAUUAAAAGAUGCUGUCUUGGACCAGUAUUCAAUGUGGGGAAACAAAUUUGGAGUAUUGCUUUUUCUGUAUUCUGUGUUACUUACAAAGGGCAUUGAAAACAUAAAAAAUGAAAUUGAAGAUGCAAGUGAACCUUUAAUAGAUCCUGUGUACGGACAUGGCAGUCAAAGUUUAAUUAAUCUUUUACUGACCGGACAUGCUGUUUCUAAUGUAUGGGACGGUGAUAAAGAAUGCUCAGGCAUGAAACUUCUUGGUAUACAUGAACAAGCAUCUGUGGGAUUCUUGACAUUAAUGGAAGCUUUAAGAUAUUGUAAGGUUGGUUCUUACUUGAAAUCUCCAAAAUUUCCUAUUUGGAUUGUUGGCAGUGAAACUCAUCUCACCGUAUUUUUUGCCAAGGAUAUGGCUUUAGUUGCCCCUGAGGCUCCUUCAGAACAAGCCAGGAGAGUUUUUCAAACCUAUGAUCCAGAAGAAAAUGGAUUCAUCCCUGAUUCACUUUUAGAAGACGUUAUGAAAGCAUUGGAUCUUGUUUCAGAUCCUGAAUAUAUAAAUCUCAUGAAGAAUAAGUUAGAUCCAGAAGGAUUAGGAAUCAUACUGUUGGGUCCAUUUCUUCAAGAAUUUUUUCCUGAUCAGGGCUCAAGUGGUCCAGAAUCUUUUACUGUCUACCACUACAAUGGAUUGAAGCAAUCAAAUUAUAAUGAAAAGGUAAUGUAUGUAGAAGGGACUGCAGUUGUUAUGGGGUUUGAAGAUCCCAUGCUGCAGACAGAUGACACGCCCAUUAAACGCUGUCUCCAAACCAAAUGGCCCUACAUUGAAUUGCUGUGGACCGCAGACCGCUCUCCUUCACUAAACUGAUGAAUCUGAGUGUUUCAAAGGAAAAUCAUAAUGACAGGUGCUGAAAGGAAGAUUCAAGACUGGCAGUUGGCUACAUUAAACUAAACACUGGUAUCAUUGAUUAACUGUAAAUAACAAAGACAUAUUUUCAGUGAUGGAGAUAUGUUUAAAUUAUUUCUUUUAAAGCUUUAUGUUAAAAUUAUUCUAUUUUAGCCCUUUGUGUGAAAUUUACUAACAAAAUUAAGCCUUUAUCAAAGUUUAUCACUUUACAGAUGAUUGAUCAUUUACUUAUUAAAUUGCAAACAUCAAUUCUGUUGAAUCUAUAUUAAAUAUAAAAGUUGCUGUUUAUAAACUUUGGGUUUAAUUCAUUCAAGCAUAUUUUAUUGUUUGAAUGAUUUAGCUUGCAAUAUAUCAGUUGCCACAUGGAAAUGCAGAAGAGUUAAUUAAUUCUCUUCUGAACUUUGUCUAUUAGAAAUAUUGAUAAAUUAUUAACCAAGCUCCUUUGACAAUUGGCUUAAGUCUGGCAUGUUUACAAAAAAUAAAAUCUAUAAAGUAUUAGUUCUUACUCAAAUGUACAAGUGAUAUAUUUUUAAGAAUGAUAAAGAAUCUGUUUACUAGUCUUAACACUGUUAAACUUUCACUGUAUUGCCAAAUAUACUUUUCCAAGUUUCUCCAAACAGCCCUGUAAGCCAGCUUCUUGUAUAUUUAAAAAUGUGAUAAGUGCAUGAGGACAUCUGUUAUUACAUUAGUAAAUUGCAUUAUUUAUUAUCCUAGUUGACCUAAAUAAACACUUUUUUCUUUA